CGCACAUGCGCAGUCGGUAGGCCUUGGGGCGCAGCGCCUCUUCCUGCUGCGCGUCCCGGUCCUCGGUGUGCGGAGGGCUUUUGGGCGCGGCAGGCGCUGAAGAGGUGGGGGUCUUGGGCCCCGGCCGAGGCUCUGCAGCACGGAGGUGCAGAGUGUCGAUGAGGGCCCGGGGAUCGACGCAGCCUCCGCGGUCCCCGGCGCGGCUCGGGCCCCGCAGCUGACCCUGCUGGUGAUGCGCCCCUGUGGAGCGCAGGACGAGGCAGCGGCCGCAGCGGGGCGGCCCGUCAGGUACCUGUGUGAGGUGGCCGGGGAUGGCGAGGAGGAGGCAGGCGACGACGAAACGGAGCUGCUGGACGCCUCGGACCCCCCGGGCGGCGGCGAGAGCACGGCCAGCUUGGAGGAUCUGGAGGACGAGGAAACCCACUCCGGGGGCGAGGGCGGCCGCGGCGGGGCCCGGGGACGGAGCAGCGGCGGGGGCAGCGCGAGCAAGACCUGCAACUACGAGGGUUGCAGCGAGACCACGAGCCAGGUGGCCAAGCAGCGUAAGCCGUGGAUGUGCAAGAAGCACCGCAACAAGAUGUACAAGGACAAGUACAAAAAGAAGAAAAGCGACCAGGCCCUCAACUGUGGUGGGGCCGCCUCGGCCACCAGCGCGGGAAGCGUCAAGCUGGAGAGGCAGGGCCAAGAUGGCGGACUAGGUGGACGCUACCGUGGAUCCCUCUUGCAACAAAGACUCGGAAAAACAAGUGAAUCGAUCACAUACAUAACAAUCUACAAACUCUGAACAACAAAAACAGAUUUAGAGACGGAGAACGAACAAAUACGGGGAGACAGCGAUUGUUUUCAGAGCCUGGAGCCAGCGUACCAGUCAGGUGACCUUCGGAGCCCGAUUUGGGGCAGAGCCCAGGGGGGCAGAUGGCACAGACAAGGGGCCCAGCCCUAGCCCCCGAACUCAUUCCGGGAGGGGGCCUAGCCGGUUCGCGCGGGCGGCGUGGCGGCGCAGCUGGUGGGAGAAGUCCCCAGGAGGCAGUGACUGGUCUUGGAGCGGGGAGUUCAGCGUCCCAGCCGGGGAGUCGUCCCGCCGGGAUUUUGGCGGGCCGCGCAUGUGGCGUGAGCACGGGGAGCAGCUCCAUCCCCCUGAAUUGACCCCGGGGGGGGGGGCCUAGCCAGUUCGUGCGGCCGGCGUGGUCGCGCAGCCGGUGGAAGAAGUCCCCGGGAGGCAGUGGCUGGUCUUGGAGCGGGGAGAGCGGCAUCCCAGCCGGGACGCGCAGUCACGGCGCAGGCGCGGGGAGCUGCUCCGCUCUCCUGAGCUGACCCCGGGGGGGGAGCCAGCCGGUUCGCGGGGGUGGCGCAGCGACACGGCUGGUGGGACGGGGAGUCCCCGGGAGGCAGCUUCUGAUUUUGGAGUCGGGAGUGCACCGUCCUAGUAGGGGAACCUUAACCUUGGGGGUGGGGCUGAUAGCGGAGGAUCUGACUGUGACUCCAGCGGGCCAGACCCCCCGGGGGCAAUCUCCACACAGCCAGCACACACAGGCGACGCGCCCCGCGGAAAUCUCAGAUAUAAUAGUCAUUCCAAGCAAGACAAGCAACUCUGGCUAUAUUCUGAGGUGCUACUCUCCUAGCUCUCUGAUCCCUCCCCCAGCCUCCACAGGCGGCUCCAUUAACAUCUGAAUAGCCUGAGCCAGAGGGAGAACCCUGAUAGGGAUCUGACUGCAUUUUUUUUAGCAGAUUUUCUGGAAAAACUAGUUUCCCAGUGAUGGCUCGGAGACAGCAAUCCAUAUCAAACCACUUAAAGAAGCAGACCAUGACAGCUUCUCCAACCCCCCAAACAAAAGAAUCAAAAUCUUUCCAAAGGAAGAUACAAUCCUGGAAUUAUCAGAUACAGAAUAUAAAAAACUAAUUUACAGAAUGCUUCAAGACAUCACAAACGAAAUAAGGCAAACUGCAGAAAAAGCCAAGGAACACACUGAUAAAACUGUUGAAGAACUCAAAAAGAUUAUUCAAGAACAUAGUGGAAAAAUUAAUAAGUUGCAAGAAUCCAUAGAGAGACAGCAUGUAGAAAUCCAAAAGAUUAACAAUAAAAUUACAGAAUUAGACAAUGCAAUAGGAAGUCAGAGGAGCAGGCUCGAGCAAUUAGAAUGCAGACUGGGACAUCUGGAGGACCAGGGAAUCAACAGCAAUAUAGCUGAAAAAAAAUCAGAGAAAAGAAUGAAAAAAAAAGAAGAAACCCUAAGAAUCAUGUGGGACUCUAUCAAGAAGGAUAACCUGCGGGUGAUUGGAGUCCCAGAACAGGGAGGGGGGACAGAAAACACAGAGAAAAUAGUUGAAGAACUCCUGACACAAAACUUCCCUGACAUCAUGAAAGACGAAAGGAUAUCUAUCCAAGAUGCUCAUCGAACCCCAUUUAAGAUUGAUCCAAAAAGAAAAACACCAAGACAUAUUAUCAUCAAACUUGCCAAAACCAAAGAUAAACAGAAAAUUUUAAAAGCAGCCAGGGAGAAAAGAAAGGUUUCCUUCAAGGGAGAAUCAAUAAGUUCAGACUACUCAGCAGAAACCAUGCAGCUAAGAAGGAAAUGGGACGACAUACACAGAACACUGAAGGAGAAAAACUGCCAGCCAAGGAUCAUAUAUCCAGCAAAACUCUCUCUGAAAUAUGAAGGCGAAAUUAAGAUAUUUACAGAUAAACACAAGUUUAGAGAAUUUGCAAAAACCAAACCAAAGCUACAAGAAAUGCUAAAGGAGAUUGUUUGGUCAGAAAACCAAUAAUAUCAGAUACCAGCACAAUACAAGGUCACAAAACAGAACGUCCUGAUAUCAACUCAAAUAGGGAAAUCACAAAAACAAACAAAUUAAGAUUAAUUUAAAUACAUAAAUAAAUAAUACACAUAACGGAAUCAUGGAAGUCAAUAGGUAAAAGAUCACAAUCAAAAAGAGGGACUAAAUACAGGAGGCAUUGAACUGCCAUAUGGAGAGUGAUACAAGGCGAUAUAGAACGAUACAAGUUAGGUUUUUACUUAGAAAAAUAGGGGUAAAUAAUAAGGUAACCACAAAAAGGAAUAUCAACUCCAUAACUCAAGAUAAAAGCCAAGAAAAACGUAACGACUCAACUAACAUAAAGUCAAACACUAUGAAAAUGAGAAUCUCACAAUUUAUUAAGAAAAAUGUCUCAGCACAAAAAAGUAUGUGGAAAAAUGAAAUGGCCAACAACACACAUGAAAAGGCAUCAAAAUGACAGCACUAAAAACUUAUUUAUCUAUAAUUACGCUGAAUGUAAAUGGACUAAAUGCACCAAUGAAGAGACAGAGAGUCACGGACUGGAUAAAGAAACACGAUCCAUCUAUAUGCUGCCUACAAGAGACACACCUUAGACUUAGAGACACAAACAAACUAAAACUCAAAGGAUGGAAAAAAGUAUAUCAAGCAAACAAUAAGCAAAAAAGAAGAGGAGUAGCAAUAUUAAUUUCUGACAAAAUAGACUUUAGACUUAAAUCCACCACAAAGGAUAAAGAAGGACACUAUAUAAUGAUAAAAGGGACAAUUGAUCAGGAAGACAUAACCAUAUCAAAUAUUUAUGCACCCAAUGACAGGGCUGCAAGAUACAUAAAUCAAAUUUUAACAGAAUUGAAAAGUGAGAUAGACACCUCCACAUUUAUAGUAGGAGACUUCAACACACCACUUUCGGGGAAGGACAGGACAUCCAGUAAGAAGCUCAAUAGAGACACGAAAGACCUACUUACAACAAUCAACCAACUUGACCUCAUAGACUUAUACAGAAUUCUCCACCCAACUGCUGCAAAGUAUACUUUUUUUUCUAGCGCACAUGGAACAUUCUCUAGAAUAGACCACAUAUUAGGUCAUAAAACAAAUCUUUGCAGAGUCCAAAACAUCGAAAUAUUACAAAGCAUCUUUUCAGACCACAAGGCAAUGAAACUAGAAAUCAAUAACAGAAAAACUAGGGAAAAGAAAUCAAAUACUUGGAAAAUGAACAGUACCCUCCUGAAAAAAGACUGGGUUAUAGAAGAUAUCAAGCAGGGAAUAAGGAAAUUCAUAGAAUGCAACGAGAAUGAAAAUACUUCCUAUCAAAACCUCUGGGACACAGCAAAAGCAGUGCUCAGAGGCCAAUUUAUAUCGAUAAAUGCACACAUACAAAAAGAAGAAAGAGCCAAAAUCAGAGAACUGUCCCGACAACUUCAACAAAUAGAAAGUGAGCAACAAAAGAACCCAUUAGGCACCAGAAAAAAACAAAUAAUAAAAAUUAGAGCUGAACUAAAUGAAUUAGAGAACAGAAAAAGAAUUGAAAGAAUUAACAAAACCAUAAGCUGGUUCUUUGAAAAAUUAACAAAAUUGAUAAACCAUUGGCUAGACUGACUAAAGAAAUACAGGAAAGGAAACAAAUAACCCGAAUAAGAAAUGAGAAGGACCACAUCACAACAGAACCAAAUGAAAUUAAAAGAAUCAUUUCAGAUUACUACGAAAAAUUGUACUCUAACAAAUUUGAAAACCUAGAAGAAAUGGAUGAAUUCUUGAAAAAACGCUACCUACCUAAACUAACACAUUCAGAAGUAGAACAACUAAAUAGACCCAUAACAAAAAAAGAGAUUGAAACGGUAAUCAAAAAACUCCCAACAAAAAAAAGCCCUGGCCCAGAUGGCUUCACUGCAGAGUUCCACCAAACUUUCAGAGAAGACUUAACACCACUACUACUGAAGGUAUUCCGAAGCAUAGAAAAGGACGGAAUACUACCCAACUCAUUCUGUGAAGCCACCAUCUCCCUGAUACCAAAACAGGGUAAAGACAUUACAAAAAAAGAAAAUUACAGACCUAUAUCGCUCAUGAACAUAGAUGCAAAAAUCCUCAACAAAAUUCUAGCCAAUAGAAUCCAACAACACAUCAAAAAAAUAAUUCACCCUGAUCAAGUGGGAUUUAUACCAGGUAUGCAAGGCUGGUUUAAUAUCAGAAAAACCAUUAAUGUAAUCCAUCACAUAAAUAAAACAAAAGAUAAAAACCACAUGAUCUUACCAAUCGAUGCAGAAAAGGCAUUUGACAAAGUUCAACACCCAUUCAUGAUAAAAACUCUUACCAAAAUAGGAAUUGAAGGAAAAUUCCUCAACAUAAUAAAGGGCAUCUGUGCAAAGCCAACAGCCAAUAUCACUCUAAAUGGAGAGAACCUGAAAGCAUUUCCCUUGAGAACGGGAACCAGACAAGGAUGCCCUUUAUCACCACUCUUAUUCAACAUCGUGCUGGAAGUCCUAGCCAGGGCAAUUAGGCUAGACAAAGAAAUAAAAGGUAUCCGGAUUGGCAAGGAGGAAGUAGAGGUAUCACUAUUUGCAGAUGACAUGAUCUUAUACACAGAAAAGCCUAAGGAAUCCUCCAGAAAACUACUGAAACUAAUAGAAGAGUUUGGCAGAGUCUCAGGUUAUAAAAUAAACAUACAAAAAUCACUUGGAUUCCUCUACAUCAACAAAAAGAACACCGAAGAGGAAAUAACCAAAUCAAUACCAUUCACAGUAGCCCCCAAGAAGAUAAAAUACUUAGGAAUAAGUCUUACCAAGGAUGUAAAAGACCUAUACAAAGAAAACUACAAAGCUCUACUACAAGAAAUUCAAAAGGACAUACUUAAGUGGAAAAACAUACCUUGCUCACGGAUAGGAAGACUUAACAUAGUAAAAAUGUCUAUUCUACCAAAAGCCAUCUAUACAUAUAACACACUUCCAAUCCAAAUUCCAAUGUCAUCUUUUACGGGGAUAGAGAAACAAAUCACCAAUUUCAUAUGGAAGGGAAAGAAGCCCCGGAUAAGCAAAGCAUUACUGAAAAAGAAGAAGAAAGUGGGAGGUCUCACUCUACCUGAUUUCAGAACCUAUUAUACAGCCACAGUAGUCAAAACAGCCUGGUACUGGUACAACAACAGGCACAUAGACCAAUGGAACAGAAUUGAGAACCCAGAUAUAAAUCCAUCCACGUAUGAGCAGCUGAUAUUUGACAAAGGACCAGUGUCAGUUAAUUGGGGAAAAGAUAAUCUUUUUAACAAAUGGUGCUGGCAUAACUGGAUAUCCAUUUGCAAAAGAAUGAAACAGGACCCAUACCUCACACCAUGCACAAAAACUAACUCCAAGGGGAUCAAAGACCUAAACAUAAAGACUAAAACGAUAAAGAUCAUGGAAGAAAAAAUAGGGACAAUCCUAGGAGCCCUAAUACAGGGCAUAAACAGAAUACAAAACAUUACCAAAAAUGAUGAAGAGAAACCAGAUAACUGGGAGCUCCUAAAAAUCAAACACCUAUGCUCAUCUAAAGACUUCACCAAAAGAGUAAAAAGACCACCUACAGACUGGGAAAGAAUUUUCAGCUAUGACAUCUCCGACCAGCGCCUGAUCUCUAAAAUCUACAUGAUUCUGUCAAAACUCAACCACAAAAAGACAAACAACCCAAUCAAGAAGUGGGCAAAGGAUAUGAACACACAUUUCACUAAAGAAGAUAUUCAGGCAGCCAACAGAUACAUGAGAAAAUGCUCCCGAUCAUUAGCCAUUAGAGAAAUGCAAAUUAAAACUACGAUGAGAUUCCAUCUCACACCAACUAGGCUGGCAUUAAUCCAAAAAACACAAUAAAUGUUGGAGAGGCUGUGGAGAGAUUGGAACUCUUAUACACUGCUGGUGGGAAUGUAAAAUGGUACAACCACUUUGGAAAUCUAUCUGGCGUUAUCUUAAACAGUUAGAAAUAGAACUACCAUACAACCCAGAAAUCCCACUCCUCGGAAUAUACCCUAGAGAUACAAGAGCCUUCACACAAACAGAUAUAUGCACACCCAUGUUUAUUGCAGCUCUGUUUACAAUAGCAAAAAGCUGGAAGCAACCAAGGUGUCCGUCAACGGAUGAAUGGGUAAAUAAAUUGUGGUAUAUUCACACGAUGGAAUGCUACGCAUCGAUAAAGAACAGUGGCGAAUCUCUGAAACAUUUCAUAACAUGGAGGAACCUGGAAGGCAUUAUGCUGAGCGAAAUGAGUCAGAGGCAAAAGGACAAAUAUUGUAUAAGACCACUAUUAUAAGAUCUUGAGAAAUAGAAAAAACGGAGAACACAUACUUUUGUGGUUACGAAGGCGGGAGGGAGGGAGAGGGUUUUUUAUUGAUCAAUCAGUAGAUAAGAACUGCUUUGGGUGAAGGGAAAGACAACACUCAAUACAAGGAAGGUCAGCCGAAUUGGACUGGACUAAGAGCAAAGAGGUUUCCGGGAUAAAAUGAAUGUUUCAGAGGUCAGCGGAGCAGGGGCGGGGGUCUGGGGAACAUGGUUUGAGGGGACUUCUAAGUCAAUAGGCAGAAUAAUUCUACUAUGAAAACAUUCUGCAUCCCACUUUGAAAUGUGGCAUCUGGGGUCUUAAAUGCUAACAAGCGGCCACCUAAGAUGCAUCAAUUGGUCUCAACCCACCUGGAGCAAAGGAGAAUGAAGAACACCAAGGUCACACGACAACUAAGAGCCCAAGAGACAGAGAGGGCCACAUGAACCAGAGACCUACAUCAUCCUGAGACCAGAAGAACUAGUUGGUGCCCGGCCACAAUCGAUGACUGCCCUGACAGGGAGCACAGCAGAGGACUCCGGAGGGAGCAGGAGAUCAGUGGGAUGCAGACCCCAAAUUCUCAUAAAAAGACCAUACUUAAUGGUCUGACUGCGACUAGAGGAAUCCCGGCGGCAAUGCUCCCCAAACCUUCUGUUGGCACAGGACAGGAACCAUCCCCGAAGACAACUCAUCAGACAUGAAAGGGACUGGUCAGCGGGAGGGAGAGAGAUGCUGAUGAAGAGUGAGCUAAUUAAAUCAGGUGGACACUUGAGAGUGUGUUGGCAACUCUUGUCUGGAGGGGGGAUGGGAGGAUAGAGAGAGAGGGAAGCUGGCAAAAUUGUCACGAAAGGAGAGACUGAAAGGGCUGACUCAAUAGGGGGAGAGCAAGUGGGAGAAGGGAGUAAGAUGUAUGUAAACUUAUAUGUGACAGACUGAUUGGAUUUGCAAAUGUUCACUUGAAGCUUAAUAAAAGUUAAUUAAAAAAAAUCACUGUCAACGUAUAAAAAAAAAAUAAUAAUAAUGAUAAUAAUAAUUUGAAUGAUUUUUUAAGGUCCCUGGGUGGUACAAACAUUUUGUGCCCUACUACUAACCAAAAGUUUGGUGACUCGAGUCCACCCAGCAGCACCAUGGAAAAAAGCCCUGGCAAUCUACUUCGUAAGAUUAAAAAAACAAAAACAACACCUGUUGUCAUGGAGUCAGUUCAGACUAAUGGCAGCCCGAUGUGCGUGAGAAUGUUUUCAAUUGAUGUACUCUUACCAAAAAGUCCCUGGGUGGCACAAGUCAUCUGAGCUUGUCUACUAACCUAAAUACAGGCAGUUUGUACUCACUCCAUGGCACUGUGAAACAGGCCUAGCCAUCUAUUUCCGUAAAGAUUACAGCCAAGAAAACCUCAUGGAACUCAGUUCUACUCUGUAACAAACACAUGGGGUCACCAUGAGCCAGAAUCAACUCCAUGGCAACAGGUUUGGUUUUUGGUAUUGCAUGAUUUUUAAGGGAGAGAAUUAAUUGCUAAAAGCAACAAAUAAUAGCCAUUUGUCUUUUAUUGUGGAACACUUUCCCAGGUUCUGAGGAGGUUACACAGAGCUGUAAGUCUUUGUGUUUGUUGAACUGAGUGUAAAGGAAAGUUACUAACAGGCAGUCAGGAUAGAUAGGGCCCAAAUAUGUAGUACUGCUUUAGGAAGUUAGAGGGCAAUAGAUACGUUGCAGGCUGAUACUCUGGAAUGGAAGGCUUUACAGAGGAAAUACAAUUCAAUAAAACCAGAAAGGAUGGCUAAUAGUUUAUUCUUAGCUAAAUUUCUGUGCACCAGACACUGUGCUAAGGUAUAAAUGGAUUCUUAUAACCCUUCUGCAAAGACAUAGGCACUAUAUUUUAUAUUCAUAGACACCAAAGCACAGAAAGGUGAGUUCAUACAGCCCAGCAAGUACUCCAACCCAAACAUUCUUAUUCUAGAGCAUCACUUUUUUCCCCAUCUUAUGCUGCUUUUCUACCAGGCGCUCCUUGGAAACCGUAUGGGGCAGUUUUACUCUGUCCUAUACGGUUGCUAUGAGUGGGAAUCGACGUGACAGCAAUGGUUUUUUUUUUUUUUUGGUUUAUGCUGCUUUUCUAGAAUUCUGGUAGGUAAAAGGAAGAGCAUUUUAGAAAGAAAGGAAGAGUAGAAAUGCAGGUGCCACGUGUGGAAGAUAGCAAGUAGACCAUUCUAGCUAAAGUGGAAUGUUUGGAAAAUUCAUGAAAGAUAAAUUUGGAGAGAUAGGUUGAAGCCAAUUUUUGUAUGAGUAUUGAAUGCCAGGGUAUGGGAUUUGAGUUUUAUGUCUUUAAAUGAAGAUUUCUAAUUAGGUAGUAUUUAUUGUGUCCAUGUGCUUGGCUGCUAACUGAAAGGUUGGGUGUCGAGUCCACCCAGAGGUGCCUCAGAAAAAAGUCCUGGUGAUCAGCUUCUGGAAAAUUAGCCACUGAAAACCCUGUAGAGCACAGUUCUACUCUGACACACAUGGGGCUGCCAUGAGUUGGAAGCAACUCCAUGGUAACUGGUUUGGUUUGAGUUUGUAAUUAGGGAGCCACUGUGGGCUCAAGGUGUUUUGGAGUCCUAAUCAGAUGGGGCCCUGGUGGUGCAGUGGUUAAGAGCUUGGCUGCUAACCAAAAGGCUGGCAGUUUGAAUCCACCAGCCGUUCCUUGGAAACCCUAUGGGGACGUUCUCCUCUGUCCUGUAGGACCACUAGGAGUUGGAAUCAACAGCAAUUUUUUUUUUUUUUAGUCUGAUGGGGUGGAUUGAAAUCAAUUGACUAUAGAUUUAGAGACUCUUUAGGUCAUUAUAAGGAGCCUUGGCAUGCAGUGGUUAAGCACACUUGGCUGUUCACUGAAAAGGUUGAUGGUUCGAACCCACCAGCCACUCCAGGGGAGAAAAAUGUGGCAGUCUGGUUCCGUAAAGAUUACAGGCUUGGAAACUCUGUGGGGCGGUUCUACUCUGUCCUAUAGGGUUUCUGUGAGUUAGACUCGACUCAAUGGCAAUGGGUUUGGUUUCUUUGGUUUUUGGUAGAUCGUUAACAGCAUGUC